GGACCAUUCCUCUGGACACUGAGGUGAGCAUCAUGGCUGUAAACUCUCUGGACCUGCUCUUCAGAACUCUAGAUGAUUUGGAGUCUGAAGACCUGAAGAGGUUCAGGACAUACCUGUUUGACUCUGAGGGGAAUAUGGAGGGGUUUGAGCCCAUCCCCAAAGGAAAGUUGGAGGACAGUGAUGCUACUGACGUUGCCUCUAAGAUGAAGGAGGCAUAUGGGGGGGAAGGCUCUGUGAAAAUGACUCUGACCAUCCUGAGGAAGAUGAAUCUCAACAACCUUGCAGACAAACUAGAAAGGGAUGCUGCAGAGUCUGGAAAGAGAGAGGGUGAGACCGUAACGCAUUCAACACAUGCCCAUGUGUGA